GAUAAUUGGUAUUACACAGAAUCAGGAUACAAGCAAACAUUAUCCUAACAUUUAUUUAAAACGUUCAUUUAAAUUGAUUCAUGCACUAACUGUCGAUGCUUCUGCUGCUACAUCAAGUAAUAGUAAUGUAUAUAACUUUACAAGUGAUAUUGAAGUACAGUAUGGAGAUAUAUUAGUAAUCAAUGUAACCACUAAUAGUAAUCCAAUGUAUUAUCAACAAUACAAUGGACCAUUGAAUUAUGAGCUUGAUAGCAGUAAUGGAUUAAUACAAUUGGAACAUAAUGACUAUCCACUGAUAUCAGUUAUAACGAAACCAAUCCCUUCAGUUACUGAAUUCUCAUCUACUAUAAUAACAAUGUUGCCUUGCCACUCUACCAGUUUACAUUACACUACCUUAUCAAGCACUACCAAUACCUUGUUAAGCAGUGUAUCCUCAUCAAGUAGCUCAAUCAAUGCCAUUACUCCCUCUCCAACUCUCUCUACUACUGAGUCAAUAACUACACCAUUGUCCAGUAUUGAAUUCACUCGUACACAAAACACUGUAUCACGAGGCAAUUCUACCAGUGAAGUAUCAGUCACUUCAAGUAGCAGUGCUACUGCUACUAAACUGAACACUACAUCAAUGGAAAGUACACCUGAUCAAAGUACAGGGAGUCUAAUACUAGCAGGAAGUACUAGUAGUGUAUUUAUAUUACUGGUAGUUACUAUACUAGUAAUAUUAAUAGUGAGUGUAUUAGUGUGUAGGAGAAAACAGUUAGGUACUGGAAAUACUAAUAGUAAUAGUGAAAGAAUAGUGGAUGAACAAAAACAAGAUGAAAGACAGAAUGUUUUUUCAAGUUCUGCCAAUGCUGCUUAUGGUGUUAUUGGUCAAAAUGAAAACAAUAUCUAUAGUAAUCCUGCUUAUGGAAUCAACACUGUAAUGACACAAAGUAUUAAUGAAGAACUAUUAGUGUACGAUGAACCAUUAGUGUAUGAUAAGCCAAGAACAAUGAAUAAUGAAUUAGAGGUAAUUGUAAUGCCAGCACAUAAAGAAACAUGUACACAACAGAAAGAAGAAGAGUUGUGCAUCUAACAUAUGGACAUUGAUGUUAUAAAAAUUAAUCACAUAAAGCA